UCCUACGUUACUCUCCCCGCCGCUAAUAACAUAAACGCACCAUAUAUCCUUCACUUCUCCAACUCAAAACCUGUUCACUAUCCCCUUCCAUUCCCUCUCUUUUGUAGAUAGAAGAAAACUACAUCUAUCCAUUCGUCAUCCCAUCCUACCACUCUACCCAUUCUUCAUAUAGUGACCAGUGGCCUCUAUAUUCUUCCAAUAGCCUCAUCAUCAUAUUUUUAGUAGUCUUUAAUAGCAGUAGUAGUAUUGCACUAUCCUACUAGGACUUAGGGGGGAGUUAGGACCCCAACAAUUCCUGCAAAAAGCCCCCAAAACAACAACAACUAAACGCCACUUCUCAAACUCAAACCCAAAGGUGCAACUUAUCAUCAUCAGCAGCAGCUCUAAGUUCUAACUAAGGGAGCCAAAAGCCAAAAGUAGUAUCCUAUCCUCCAUGGAUCCCACACUCCUCAAAAAGCACCCAACAAAAUCCACCACCGCCGCCUCAAAAAUGCCUCCUCCGGAUCCCAUUCUUGUUGCCUCCCCUUCCUCCACCGCCACGACCACCACCAUCCAAAACAUAUCCAGCCACUUCGCCAAGUUGUAUGCGAAUCACAGGUUUCUUGCUUCCUUAAAAGCCUCCUCACAUCCACACGCUCAUUUUCAUCAAGAAGAAGAAAAGGGUCUCAGAGAUGAUUCCUCUGCUUUAGACAGCUCCUGCGUAGCUUUGACCAAGUCAAGUAGCCAGCACGGAAGAAUUCAUCGUGGAGCUGCACCGGCUGAUUUGGCCUCGGGAAAUGAAGAAAGCUACGGCACGAAAACCAAGGUUAAAGAAAAGGACAACAGGAAGUAUUCUCUUGUUAAUGUCAAGAAGAAAAAGCCCCUGGCUGAUGCUCCUCCAGCUCAGAAGGCUUUAUUAGACGGCCAUAAAUCUAAUCUUAGAAUCAAGAAAUCAUCGUCAGGAGCAAGAGAAGGAGCAGCCCAGAAAAAGGAGGAGGAGUUCUAUGACGGGAGGAGAGGCGUGAAGAAAGCGUAUGGCUUGAUGUCGAAGAGUCUUGAAUUGGAGAAACCUAAUCAAGCCACGCCGUCGUGUGAAAUGAAUAGACCAUGUAUUUCGCUUGCGGUGAAUGGCAGAAGGAAGUCAUUUUGCUGCUCGCAAGCUGAGUUGGCUGACUUCUUUUGUUGCACCGGCGUCAAGGUUGUGGCUGUUGACAUGCCGCCCUUUAUGCAGAUUCAUGCUGUCGAUUGUGCCAGAAAAGCUCGUGAUAGCUUGGAAAAAUUCACUUCCAAGACUCUUGCUUUUACCCUCAAAAAGGAAUUUGAUGGGGUUUAUGGACCAGCCUGGCACUGCAUCGUAGGGACCAGUUUUGGUUCCUUUGUGACACAUUCAGUAGGUGGCUUCAUGUACUUCUCAAUGGAUCAGAAACUAUACAUCCUCUUGUUCAAAACAACUGUACAGAGAGCUGAUUGAAUGAUUUGAAGGUUGAAAACUGUUCUUACUAUUAUAUAGGGGAAAUUCGGCACUCACAAAGGCAGGCCUUUUUCUCCCCCUUCCAACUUUGUACAAUGUCAGCAGCCUUUUUCUCCCAUGGAUAUUUCUCUCGUACUAGUUACCUUGUCGGUAGGCUCUUUUUUGAAGUAGUUACAGCACAAAAAAGAAAUACUUUCGACUCCACUAAACUUGUGGGGGGUUUUUGUUUAGAUGUUAGUACAUUGAGUCUCAAGAAAACUUGUUAAGAUAGCCCAACAAUCAACAUAUAUAUAUACCUCUUCUACUA